GGAUGUCAUCUCGAAUAUUAAUACAGGGGGAAUAGCCAUGAAUAUUACCAGAUAUUAACAGAGGAGGCGUGGUCACUAAAUAACAUUCAUUAAAAUAGGGGCGUGGUCACUCAACUAAAAUUAAGUAACAAAGUUUUAGUCGGCUUGACCUGUUUGUUCAACACUUGCUCUCUAUUAAAAUAGCUAGGAUUUGUACUGGAUUGAAACACCCAAAGCUUACAGUCGGCUUAACAAAUUACACAGAUAUGAUAUUUUUGUGACCUGCUUUUCGUUACAUUUUGCUGUUUUUCUCGAUCGGUAAAAGUGCGAGUGAUACGUGGUUGGCUCGCUGAUGCCAGGAGCUGUUAGACGACCUAACGCGAUUGGUUGGUGCACUAGAUUACACGUCCCACGUGAUCAGACCGCCCCCUGCUGCUAUCUGAGGUCAACUUUGUUCUGCUGUGCUGAGUUUCUCAACACACGACACGUCUGCCGAUCUCUUGUGACUGCGUCAUGACGUCACACGUGACCCCUGUUGUUGUGGGAGUGGACAUCGGUGGAACCAACACCGAUGCUGUUGUCAUCAGCUACCAGGACGGCUCGCCUGUGGUUCUGGCAGAGCAGAAAGAACUGACCACAAGUGACGUCACCACUGGGGUCAAAAAGGCGAUUUUAGGAUGUCUGUUACAAACCAAAAGUGCUGGCAAGGCAGUCGCCCCAAUGCAAGUCAACAUCGGGACAACCCAUUUUGUCAACGCAGUUGUUCAAGGCAAGGAGCUGGCCAGUGUGGCGGCCGUCCGAAUUUGUGGGCCAGUUUCAGAUGAGGUGCCCCCGUUCAUGGACUUCCCCUCUCGACUGCGAGACAUCAUCUGUGGCGCCAUCUACCUGGUUCACGGCGGCUGUCGCUUUGACGGCAAGGAACACGAGCCAAUCGACGAGGUCCAGCUACGUGACGUCAUCCAGGAGAUCAAGGUCAAGGGCAUUAAAAACAUCGCCUACAUCGGCGUCUUCUCACCCACACGACCAGAUCAGGAGAUCAGAGCAAGGGAAAUAACCCAGGAGGAAUAUCCGGAGGCGACGGUGACGCUGUCUCAUGAGGUGGGUCACAUCGGCCUGCUGGAGAGGGAAAAUGCCGCCAUACUCAACGAGUGCUUGAAACCGUUAUGCAAGAAAACAGUGAGUGGGUUCAAAUCCGCGCUGGAAGACAUCGGCCUGAAAUGUCCGUUCUAUCUGACCCAGAACGACGGGACUGUGGCCAGUAGUGACGGGGUCUUGCAGCAGCCCGUGCUGACCUUCGCUUCAGGGCCAACCAACAGCAUGCGUGGCGCCACCUUCUUGUCCAGUCUCAAGGACGCCAUCGUCAUCGACAUUGGCGGCACCACCACAGACGUCGGCAUUCUGAAAGACGGCUUUCCUAGAGAAGCAGCGAGCCAUGUCAAGGUCGCCGAUGUCAGGACCAACUUCCGUAUGCCUGACGUCAUUAGCAUCGGCCUGGGUGGGGGGUCGUAUGUCAAAGAACACGUGACACAGGAUGGGCGUGUCCGUGUGGCAGUUGGACCAUUGAGUGCCGGUCUGAAUCUGAUGCAAGAAGCCCACGUCUUCAGCGAGCCUGCAGAUCUGGCACAAAAAUCUUUGACGGCCACAGACAUAGCCGUGGCAUCUGGCCUAGCCCGACUUGGAAGUUUCGAGAACGUCAAAGAUUUGAACCCAGAUUUGGUUCGACUGGCCACGGAUGAAAUCCACAGGCUCGUGGAGGACGCCAUCGAUAAAAUCAAAUUAAGCAAAGAAGAGCUGCCGGUCAUCAUCGUCGGUGGAGGCAGCGUCUUGAUUGACAGGACGAGGAACCUCAAGGGAACCACGCAGCUGAUUGUUCCCGAACACUUCGGUGUGGCUAACGCCAUUGGAGCUGCCUUGAGCAAAGUCUCCGCCACCUUCAACAAUGUGGUCAACCUGAUGGACUACAUCGACGCCAGCCAGAUGGAGAGAUGCGUCCAAGAAGAAGUUGCUAAAGUCACCAACGACCCUGACGGCAAGGAAACGGAGCGGGUUCGAAACGAAGCCAGAAAACCAUUCUUUACCAAGGCGAGAGACGAAGCCAUGGACAAAAUCUGCGCCAGUCUGAAGGAGAUUGUUAUCGGACAAGGCGCUGACCAGAAGACGUUAGAGAUUCUAGAAAAACAGGAUUCGGUCAUAGCUUACACCCCAGGCAACGCCACUCAAAUGAAAGUGAAAGUUGUUGGAGAUUUGACCACCUGGUCAGCUGACCAUCUGACAGAGUGGGAGGAGCCACCCCACUCCCAGGAACUCAUCCAGCAGCAGACACUGGUCGGGCAGAAGCAGACGUUUUCUGCCACAGGAAAAAGAAUUGCAGGAAAUGAAGAAGAUGACGUCACGGACUGGAGCAAGACACCAAAAGAGCCUAACGUCGACCACGUGACCGGCGAGUGGACCUUGUCCGAGUGGGACAUUGAGUGUAUCGUGGUGGGCUCUGGGAUCUACGGCUGUGGAGGGGGAGGCAACCCACAUCUGGGGCGGCUCAGGGCCAUUAAGUGUAUUCAAGAUGGCGGAAAAAUGAGAGUCGUCACCCCUGAACGCUUACUGAAAGAUGCAGACCCUGAUAAGGACAUUGUUAUAACGUCUGCUUUCAUAGGGGCGCCACUGAUCAUGUACGAGCAGGGCGUAUCGUCUUUUGAAACACAGGCGGCGAUGGAAUGUCUUCACGAUUUGUAUGAGAUUGGCGGGUUUAAAGAUGGCGAGUUGCAGAACUUGGGCGGGGUAGACAUUGAGACAAAUCCCGCGGGGGUAAAGUUCAUCAAAAACUAUCGCCCGACUGGCGAAAGGUCGACUGGGUGCCGACUUCUGGCGACCGUCUCUGCUGAAAUUGGCGGGAUGAACGCCAUCGAGCCGUUUCUGAUUGCCGCCAAGUCCAAUAUCCCAAUCCUGGACGGGGACGGCAUGAGCCGAGCUUUCCCCGAGGUACAGAUGUUCAUGCCCUACAUGUUUGGUGAAUAUCCGUACCCUGCCGCCAUUGUUGGCAGCGGAAACCACCGAGAGAGGACGGCGCUUCUGUUUGCCCCAGGGGGGAAACUUCUAGAGAACUUUUUGCGUGACGUGUCCAUAGAGAACGGAUGUUCCGCUGGACUGGCUCUGCCACUGAAGAAAGAAGUUGUCUUGACCAAAACCCCCCUGCACACGGUCAGCAGCGCCUGGAGGCUGGGGGACCGCAUCCUGAGGGCCAGGCUAAACAAGGAGUCGGUGAUUGACGCCAUCGUACAGCAGGAGGACGCCUUACACGUCAUGACUGGGAAAAUCUUGGACGUCCAGAGGGAGACGAGCGGCGGCUUCAACAAAGGUUUUCUCGUGGUGGAGGGCGUGGAGCAGUGGCUGGGCCGAGAGCUGCUGAUUGAGUUCCAGAACGAGAACCUGGUCAUCAUACCGCUGGUCCAGGGGCGGCGGGGCGAGUGUGUGGGCUCAGUGCCAGACCUCAUCUGUGUGGUGGACGCCGACAACGCGGAACCCAUCACAACUGAGGAGGUCAAGUACGGACAGAGGGUUGCCGUUCUUCUGUUGCCGUCACAUGAUUUGCUGCGGCGUCCGGAAGCUUUGAAAUGGGUCGGUCCGCAGGCCUUCCAUUACGGCGAUGACGUCACGUUCAAACCCUUCAGACAAAGGCGAGUCACUACGCCUGUUCCUCCUAUUUAACCGCGAUAGUACCUGCUAGGGCUUGAGACAGCGCGUUAGUUCUAGCUACAACAAUCCUAAUAUAUAAAAGCCCAUGAGCGCACUCAGCCGAUCAAACACUAUUUGUUAAUGGCGGAAAUCAGUUUUAAUUUUCGUUUUCUUCCCUUUGUUAUUCUAAUUAUAGAUUCAAAAUGCUGAGAGUCGGAGCAUAGGCCCUAGUAAAGAUUGGCUUAUGAUCCUUGAAUAAGUCAUAUGAUAUACAAAUAUAGCUCUUUUAUGUUUAUGAGUUACUCAGUGAUCAGAUCAAUGAUAGUAUCAGAGAUAGCCAUUCGCAUGGGGUGGCGCACUUCUCUCUCUCUCUCUCUCUCUCUCUCUCUGUCCGCAAAAAUAUUUUCGCAGGGUAUCACAUCAGAAUCUUCAGCGAUAUAUGGAGAACUUGAUACGGACUUUUGUUGAAAAUAAUAUAGUAGAUGUUUUAAAUGUAUAACCAACAUUUUAUUUAAAAAAGAAAAAAUAAA